AAGUUAAGGAGUGUCAAUGGAACUGGUAGUGCGAGCUGCUGCUUCUUCUUCUGUUUAGACACAUCUAGUAAUGGUGGCUACGUAGAAAAAGAAAAAGUGCCUUGGCUUUCAUGAAGUAACAACCAAGUUAAAGCUUUGCUUCGCCUCUACUCUCGUUCCGAAGACGCCUAAGCUGCCCCCCAUUGAUUCCGUGUCCCGCUCACAACUGAUGCCUCCUCUCGGUUAAAUACUCCAACCCCUGUUAUAAGCCACACACUGCACUGCAAGCGGCUAGCUGCAGCCGACGCGAUCGCUGCUGGCUCGAUGAAGGGCAGCAUCGGCAGCUCGUGCUUUUUUGCCAGCAUUUGUUGCAUAAUUCACAUGAUUGAAAUGGCCAGGAGAUGCGCGUCGUUGUCGCCGGACGGGCUUAUCCUGCUGGCUUUUAAGGCCGCGGUCUCCGACGACCCCUCGUCGGCGCUAGCCGGUUGGAGCGAGGACGAUGACCACCCGUGCCUGUGGCUGGGCGUCUCCUGCGCCAACGUGACCGGUUUCGCAUACCCCCGCGUCGUCGGGGUCUCCAUCUCCGGCAAGAACCUCUCCGGCUAUGUCCCGUCGGAGUUCGGCGACCUCCUGUUCCUCCGCCGGCUCAACCUUCACGGCAACCGCCUGUCCAGGGCCCUUCCGCCCCAGCUGUUCAACGCCUCCUCGCUUCACUCCAUCUUUCUCUACGACAAUCUCAUUUCCGGGGAGUUCCCCGCCGCUGCGUGCAACCUUCCCCGUCUGCAAAACCUCGACCUAUCCCGCAACGCCCUGGCCGGACCGCUCCCCCCGGAUCUCCGUAACUGCCGCCAGCUCCAGCGCUUGCGUCUGGAUGGGAACGGGCUUUCCGGCGUGAUCCCCGCCGGGAUAUGGGCGGAGAUGGUCAGUCUCGUGCAGCUCGACCUGUCCUCCAAUGAGUUCGAAGGGCCCAUCCCGCCGGACAUCGGCGAGCUCGACUCCCUCAGCGGCACGCUGAACCUCUCACACAAUCGGUUCUCCGGACCGAUCCCCACCUCGCUGGGGAAUCUGCCGUCCACGGUGAAUCUCGAUCUGCAAUACAAUAACCUCUCCGGCGAGAUCCCCGGGACGGGAUCGCUGGCCAAUCAGGGUCCGAUGGCGUUCCUCAACAAUCCAGGACUCUGCGGGUUCCCCCUCAUGGUCCCCUGCGAGGCGCCGGCCUCACCGGAGGCGGAAGUGCCGGUACGGUCGCAGGGGGAGGAGUUAGGCACCACGAGGGAGGAGGGUAGGAAGGGAAUGCGGAAGGGUAUGAUCGUCCUCAUAUCGGCGGCGGAUGCGGCCGGGGUAGCGCUGGUUGGGCUGGUGGUGGUGUGCGCGUACUGGAAGGCGAAGGACCAGGAGAAAGACACCGCGAAGCUAGGAGGGGGCGACGACGGAGACGUCAGCAAGCGGCGGUGGUGCGGGUGGGUGUGGGCACCACCGGGUAACGAGAAAGGCGGAGGCAGAUCGUCAGUGGAGGAGGGGGGCGAAGAAGAGGAGGUGAGCGGCGGCGGCGUGGAGGGGGAACUGGUGGCGAUGGACAAGGGGUUCAAGGUGGACUUGGAGGAGCUUCUUCGGGCGUCGGCAUAUGUUCUGGGAAAAGGAGGGAAGGGGAUCGUCUACAAGGUAGUGGUGGGGGAUGGCACGGCUGUGGCGGUGAGGCGGCUGGGCGAGGGCGGCGGCGGCGGAGGAGGAGGAAAGUAUAAGGAGUUCGCAGCGGAGGUGAGGGCGAUGGGGCGGGUGAGACACCCCAACAUCGUACGGCUGCGCGCCUUCUACUGGGCUCCUGACGAGAAGCUCCUCAUCACCGACUUCAUCUCCAACGGCAACCUCGCCGCCGCUAUUCGAGGGCGGUCGGGGCAGCCGAGCACGGUGGCGUGGCCGGUGCGGCUCCGCAUCGCGAAGGGCGCCGCCCGCGGCAUGGCCCACCUCCAUGACUGCGGCCUCCGAAAGUUCGUCCACGGCGACCUCAAGCCUUCCAACAUCCUCCUCGACGGUGACUACAACCCCUACAUCGCCGACUUCGGCCUCCUCGUCCUCCUCUCCCUGACCACCUCCUCCUCCCAAGUCCCUUCCUCGUCCUCCUCCUCCGCCACCGCCCUCAUCGGCGGGGCGCUCCCCUUCACCUCGUCCUCCUUCUCCGGCUCUUCCAAAUCCGGCCUCCUCGACCGCCCCAACCCCUACCGCGCCCCCGAGAUCCGCGCCUCCGCCGCCGCGGCGGCCCGCCCCUCGCAGAAGUCGGACGUGUACUCCUUCGGCGUGGUGCUGCUGGAGAUUCUGACCGGGAAGCCGCCGGAGACGGCGCCGUCGACGUCGGGGGAGCAGCUGGCGCCGGCGCUGGUGAAGUGGGUAAGGAGAGGACUCGAAGAGGCGAGGCCGCUGUCCGAGUUGGUGGAUCCGGUGUUGCUCCGGGACACGCACGCGAAGAAGGAAGUGAUGGCGGCGUUCCACGUGGCGCUGUCGUGCACGGAGAUGGAUCCGGACGCGAGGCCGAGGAUGAAGACGGUGUCGGAGGAACUCGACCGGAUCGGCUCAGGGAGGAAGUGAGCACGCGGCAGGCGAGGAAAAUUAAUCGCAUAUUUGAAAUCUUUUGCAAAAUGAAAAAAAAAAAUCCAAUUACACAAAAAAAAAAUCGCAAUUAUAAAUAGAUAAAAAGAAGUCAAUAUCGGAGUUUUGAAGUGUCUGGGUAGAAUAUAAAUAGAUGGUUGAGUAUUUGUACUAUAUAUAUAUUCUUUGUGGUAUUAGUUUAUCUUUGAAGUAAUUAAUGUGUUGAUGGAAAAAACAGAGAGCUUCUCCUUAAGAAUUUUCAUGAUAAUGGUAGAAGGGCUUUGAUCA